GUGAAGUCAGGACUCUGCCUUGUUCCUCGUGAAGAACGAUCUGCAGCAGUGAAGGGACUGGAACUCCAACCGGGACAAAAUGACUAAGCUACUCCUCGCCGCCGUGGGCUUUCUGGUCCUGGCACACAUUGCUUCAUCCAACAAGCUGGUGUGUCACAUGACCAACUGGGCCCAGUACAGACCCAGCGGUGCUAAAUUCAUCCCGGACAACAUCGACCCGUUCCUCUGCACCCAUGUCAUCUACGCCCUGGCCAGCAUCAACAGCUUCAACCAGGUCACUCCCGUUGAGUGGAACGAUCAGGAGCUGUACGCCAGCCUUAACGGCCUCAAGAAAUACAACCCUGCCCUGAAGACUCUGCUGUCUGUCGGAGGCACUGUAAAUGGAGUGAGCCCAUACAUUGCCGUGGUUGGCAAACUAGAGACCCGUCAGACCUUCAUUAAGUCAGCAAUCAGCUUCCUGCGCUCCCAUAACUUUGACGGGCUGAAUCUGGACUGGGAGUUUCCUGGACACAACGGCAGCCCACCGGAGGACAAGGAGGGCUUCACUCUGCUGGUCUCGGAGCUGGCAACAGCAUUCCAGGAUGACGCCACAGAAAACAAGAAGACAAGGCUGCUACUUUCAGCCAAUGUGGCCGGCUUCGUUUCAACCAUUGACAAGGCAUACGAAGUCAGCAAGAUCGCAGCCCACAUGGACUUCAUGAACAUCAUGAACUACGAUUUCCAUGGACCCUGGGAGCCAGUGACUGGACACCACAGCCCACUGUACCCCAGCUCUGUUGACAUCGGAUCACAAUAUCACUUCAACACUGACUACGCAAUGAGGUACUGGAGAGACAAUGGUGCCCCAUUAGAGAAGCUGAGAAUGGGAUUCGCAGCCUACGGUCGUACCUUCCGUCUAACAUCGGCAAAUACAGCUGUUGGAGCCCCUAUAAGUGGACCUGCUUCAGCCGGACCAUACACCCGUGAAGCUGGAUUCUGGUCCUACUAUGAAAUCUGCAACUUUGUGAAGGACACCACCAUCCAGUGGAUCGAUGACCAGAAAGUUCCAUAUGCAACUAAAAACAAUGAGUGGGUAGGAUUUGACAACAAGGAAAGCUACAGAAUCAAGGUCAACUACCUGCAGCAGCAGAAGUUUGGUGGAGCCUUUGUUUGGGCCCUUGAUUUAGACGACUUUGCUGGAAAAUUCUGUGGAGAAGGAAGCCACCCUCUACUGAACCAUCUACGCAGUCUUCUCAACAUCGAGCUUCCACCAAUGCCCUCAACCACCACCCCCAAGCCUGGCGCUAGCACUACGUCUCCAACCACCACCACCACCACCACCACCACCACUACACAUGCUCCGGGAUCUGGCUUCUGCAAUGGCAAGGCCGACGGUCUCUAUGCCCACCUCGACGACAAGACCAAGUUCUACAUGUGUGCUGGAGGCACCACGUAUGAGCGGGUCUGCGGAACUGGAUCCGUCUUCGGUGACCACUGCAAGUGCUGCGUUUGGCCUUGAGCUUUCAGUGGUAGCGAUGAAAAUGUAGCUCAAACUAACAAUCAAAAAGACUGCAAAUCUCCUCUUCCAUCUAUUGUUUGUAAAACCAUGUACUUACCUGUAUUAUAACUUGAUACAGAAAAAAAUGUAGUUUUGGGAAAAUAUGUGACAAGAAAUCAAAUUUGCCAACAAACUGAAACAACCUUUGUACGCAUGACUACAUUAUUAACAGCUGCCAAAGUACAUCUUAUUGAAAAUAAAGCAAUAAAAACAUUA